AUGGCGAAUAACAGCAACGAUGUUGAAAUUGAAUGUGAUAAUGAUUUUCAAAAUAUUACCUUGGAAAUUGAAUGGUUAGAUUCUAAUGAGUCCUUUACGCUAACCACUUGCUGCCGUGUGCAUAUAAAAAAUUCGAGCACAGUAAUGUUACUGAAGAACAUGUACUAUUUGUUAAGAACCUCCAAUUUACUCCAAGAAAUAUUUGAUAGUAUCAACUUUAAAGCCUUAUUUAAUAACGAAAUAUUGGCCUAUCAAAAAAUUUUACCAGGUUUAGAAAAUUUUGGUCAAUGUCAACUUAAUUCCGCUAUUUAUUAUUACGGCGAACUGCUGAAAAGCUUCGCUACAGUUAUACUGAUGGUGCAUCAGCAAGACUCGAAUGAAUCUCUCGUUGAAACAUGCAUUAUCGGUUGCACAAUAUCGUGGUUUAGAAUUUGCGAUAGCGUACAUAAACCUUUACAGGCAACCCAAAAAUAUCAAACGCAAAUAAACAAAGAGUUCCUCGAAAAGUUUGAGAAACUGAUGGGUGAUAAUUAUGAAUAUGGACGUAAAAGAGUACAACCUCGUGAACCUUACAUGACCGUGUGUCACGGCGACUAUUUACGAAAUAACGUCGCAUUUAGAUACAAUAAGGAUCAACAGCAUCAAGACAUUUUAAUGUUUGAUUUACAAACCUUCAGAGUGACAUCACCGAUAUUAGAUUUUACAAUUUUUUUAUUAUUGUCUACCUAUGCCAAGGUGCAUUGUAAAAAUUUUAAUGAAAUAUUUCAAAUGUAUUGUAUGAGGCUAAAGGAAACUUAUGAAAUAUAUGUUGGUAAACCAGUACCAGAGUACUUUCGCUUAAAUUGCUUACGAAGAGAAUAUACGAAAUUUAUGCCUUAUAGCAUUGGAAUAUCUUCUGCUUUUCUACUCCAUCUAAUAGAAUCAAUUAAUUUAAAUAGUCAACAGUUUUUUUCCUGCAAACGGUCCGAGGAAGAGAUAAUAAAUGAUAUUAUGAUACGAGGUGGCAUUGAGGUUGAUCGGGAAUUACACUUGUACAUUACAUGCUACAAGUGA